AUGACGUUAACCAUAGGUGCUUUUAGUACUUCUAACUAUAAGACUGCUCAGUCGCACAAGGCCCAGUACGCCUCGACAUUCCUCACAUUUACAGUGAUGCCACUUCCAUAUCUGGAAUCGCUGGAACUGAUCCGCCUCGAGGCCCAGUACGAUGCGGCACGCUUCCGGUCAAAGGUCGAGACGGUAUCGAUAUACAAAGCUGUCAAUCGAAUUUCUCAUAUGACCCUUCGAUGUCAGAAGUCGACGCCCAGUUUCGACACGUCUGCCAUGGAUGGCUACGCACUCAGCUCUGCGGCAACACGAUUUGCCUCUGGCGACAUUCCAGCCGUAUUCCACAUCUGUGGCGCGAUAGCGGCAGGAGAAGAACCACUUUCGAUCGGGCCCGACGCCGAUUCAGACAUUCCUCCAUGUGUCGAGAUCAUGACAGGUGCACCCUUUCCCCAAUCUACUCCCAGCAUGCAAUUUGAUUGCUGUGUACGCUUGGAGGACGUCACACUAGUCAGUGUCUCUGGGUGUCCCUGCAUAAAGGUCGAGAGACCUGCCACAUUCCAACAAAACAGACGAUUGGCCGGUGGGGACUUCUCCCAAGGUGAUGUCCUGGUCUCCGCCGAUGAAACAAUUCAGCCAUCGCACAUCAUGGCACUCGCAUCAGUCGGUAUCUACGAAGCAUCUGUAAGGCUAAAGCCUGUCAUUUGCGUCUUUUCGACCGGAAAAGAGCUGGACAAGGACUGUCCACCUAGCCUGCAUCGCAUCCCAGAUGCAAACGGGCCUUACAUCACCGCUAGCCUCCAGGAGCAGGGAUUUGAAGUCGACUUUCUUGGUAUACUGGGAGAUAGCAAGGAAGAGAUGACACAUGGGAUUCGGAAGGCUGUAAUGAUGAAUCGAUAUGAUAUUCUGAUUACUACCGGGGCAGUAUCUACAGGCAAAUUUGAUUUUGUACCGUCUGCAUUGCACGCUCUGCAAGCCCGACAAGUCUUUCACAGGAUCGCGAUCCGACCCGGCCAUCCGGCACUUUUUGCGAAGGUCCCUAGUCCUAAGGCUGGAGUUGUUGAUAGUGACGCCCGAGUUGACACGGAUGAAGUUCCUUUCUUCGGGCUCCCCGGGAACCCCGUGGCCAGUGCAGCUUGUCUGCAGUUUUUAGUUGUGCCGUACCUGAAAUUCCUACAGGGACAGCCGCUAGAACCAGUGCUAGAAGCAAGGGUGAUGGAGUCUGAGCAUCGCGAAUGGCCAACCGCAUACAAUAUGGCGUCAGAGCCGCUGUUCAAGGUGCCCAAGGAUCUUGAUGUGUUUCGACCUGGGAUGAUUCAUCGUCGUACUCAAGAUUGCUUGGAAGUGACCCCAAUGGAGCAUAGUCCGUCGAAGAUCAAACCGUUCCUUGGUGCCGAUUGCUGGCUUCAUAUUCCGGCUGGUAUCGCUGAAGUCCAUACCGGGGACACGGUCAACAUUGUGGCCAGUCACUAA